AUGGCCUCGAACGGCGCCGCGAACGGCGUGUUCAGCGGUAAUCCACUCUCCCUGUCCCUCGGUCGAGAUGAUUUCACUCAGUGGGUCAAGCACCGAAAAAACGGCGAUAGCGCGCCCGCGACGAGCUCGCGCGACCGCGACCGACGCGCCGACGUCCCCGAUCGGCGCGGGAGCGAUUCGGGAGGGCGCGCGAGCGUGCGGUUCAAGACGCCGUACAUGACGGUGGAUGAUCUGAAAAAGCCGCCCAAGCCGUGGCGCGAGUUUCUGUGCACGGAUCACCUUCGACGGUCGUAUUCCGUGCCGAAGACGAUGCUGGAGUGCAAGAUACGAUUAGACGGGAAUGCGUUCGAGUACGUGGGGAAUUACGCGCGCAUGGCGCUGGUGUUCGGGGGGGUGAUGUUGUAUAGGAAUCCGACGGCUGUCGUCGGCGCGUACGCGAGCGCAAAGUUGUACGCGUGGAUGGAUCGAAACAUCGCGGCGACGAGCGAAAUGCAGGCGUUGAAGAUGAUCGGGACGAUCAUUUCUUGGUUUGUGAUGAUGUACACCAAGGCGUCGGCGGCGAUGUCGACGACGAUGUUGCUCACGAUGGCGUUUCUAGUGACGCACGGGUGCUUGCGCCGGCUCGACGCGCCGAAACCGAUAAAGAUUGGCAAGUACACCGGGAUCUCAAAGUGGGAGACGCAAUCACCGAGGAAAAGACCGAUGAGUUAG